GAGGCUUGGGUGCCGCCUGUUCUCCCGCCUUCAUUUCCCAUCGUGCUGAGGCGGGUGGCAUGGCGGAGAAGGAUGACACCGGAGUUUGACGAAGAGGUGGUGUUUGAGAAUUCUCCACUUUACCAGUACUUACAGGAUCUGGGACACACAGACUUUGAAAUAUGUUCUUCUCUGUCACCAAAGCCAGAAAAAUGCACAGUGACAGAGGGACAACAAAAGCCUCCUACAAGAGCCCUGCCAAAACGAGGCAUCCUGUUAAAAGUGGCUGAAACCAUCAAAAGUUGGAUUUUUUCUCAGUGCAAUAGGAAUGAUGACUUACUUCGCAAGUUGAAUAUCAUCUCUAUCCAGGUGGAGCCAUCCUCAUUCUUCAGUGAUGCUAGGACUGUGGAUAUUGGAUUCCGACUCGACUCACUACAUACCAUCCUGCAACAGGAAGUCCUCUUACAAGAGGAUGUGGAGCUGAUUGAGCUACUUGAUCCCAGUAUCCUGUCUGCAGGGCAACCUCAACAACAGGAAAAUGGACACCUUCCAACACUUUGCUCCCUGGCAACCCCUAAUAUUUGGGAUGUCUCAGUGCUAUUUGCCUUCAUUAGUUUGCUCAUUAUGCUUCCCACUUGGUGGAUUGUAUCUUCCUGGCUGCUAUGGGGAGUGAUUCUAUUUGUUUAUCUGAUCAUAAAAGUUUUGAGAUUAUGGAGGACAGCCAAACUACAAGUAACCCUAAAAAAAUACAAUGUUCUUUUGGAAGAUACAGCAACAAAUAGCCGAGCUUUUACUAACCUUGUGAGAAAAGCUUUACGUCUCAUUCAAGAAACUGAAGUCAUUUCCAGAGGAUUUACACUUUUGCUUGACAGGGUCAGUGCUGCUUGCCCAUUUAAUAAAGCUGGACAGCAUCCCAGUCAGCAUCUCAUCGGUCUGCGGAAAGCUGUCUACAGAACAGUAAGAGCCAACUUUCAAGCAGCAAGGCUAGCUACCCUAUAUAUGCUGAAAAACUACCCCCUGAACUCUGAGAGUGACAAUGUAACCAACUACAUCUGUGUGGUGCCUUUUAAGGAGCUGGGCCUUGGACUUAGUGAAGAGCAGAUUUCAGAAGAGGAAGCGCAUAACCUUACAGAUGGCUUCAGCCUGCCUGCGUUGAAGGUUUUGUUCCAACUCUGGGUGGCACAGAGUUCAGAGUUCUUCAGACGGUUAGCCCUGUUACUUUCUACAGCUAAUUCACCUCCUGGGCCGUUCCUUACUCCAGCACUUUUGCCUCAUCAUAUUUUAUCUGAUGUGACUCAAGGUCUCCCUCGUGCCCAUUCUGCCUGCUUGGAGGAGCUUAAGCGCAGCUAUGAGUUCUAUCGGUACUUUGAAACUCAGCACCAGUCAGUGCCCCAGCGUCUAUCCAAAACUCAACAGAAGUCGAGAGAACUGAGCAACAUUCACACAGCAGUGCGCAGCUUACAGCUCCAUCUGAAAGCAUUGCUGAAUGAGGUAAUAAUUCUUGAAGAUGAACUUGAAAAGCUUGUUUGUACUAAAGAAACACAAGAACUAGUGUCAGAAGCUUAUCAAAUCCUAGAACAGAAAUUAAAGUUGAUUCAGCCCCAUGUUCAAGCGAGCAACAACUGCUGGGAAGAGGCCAUUUCUCAAGUGGACAAACUGCUACGAAGGAACACCGAUAAGAAAGCCAAGCCUGAAACAGCAUGUGAAAACCCACACUGUACUGUAGUACCGUUGAUGCAGCCUGCUCUACACAUCGCAGACAAAGAUCCCAUCCCCGAGGAGCAGGAAUUAGAAGCUUAUGUUGAUGAUAUAGAUAUGGACAGUGAUUUCAGAAAGGAUGAUUUUUAUUACUUGUCUCAAGAAGACAGAGAGAGACAGAAGCAUGAGCAUGAAGAAUCCAAGAGGGUACUCCAAGAAUUAAAAUCUGUGCUGGGAUUUAAAGCAUCCGAGGCAGAAAGGCAGAAGUGGAAGCAACUUCUGUUUAGUGAUCACGCUGUGUUGAAAUCCUUGUCUCCUGUAGACCCAGUGGAACCCAUAAGUAAUUCAGAACCAUCAGUGGAUUCAGAUAUGGGGGAAGUUGGUAAAAAUGAUACUGAAGAGGAAAAUAGUAAACUUUCCACAACUGACAAUGAAAUAAGUAGUAGGACUGAGUAUUUAUGUGAAAACCCUCUAGAUGGUAACAAUAAAGACAGUUCUGCAAAUGAAGUCUUCUUCCAAAGAGCUGAAGAAAGAGUGUGUUACCAAUGUGACAGUGAAGAUGAAUCUCAGCAGGCAGACGUAGGUGGCCUGGCCACUGCCCGUCCAACUCCCAGGGAUUCGUCACAGCCCUCCAUUAGGCAGAGGCUGGCACAGCUACAUCUGUCACCGGAUUUUACCUUCACUGCUGGCCUCGCUGCAGAAGUGGCUGCUAGAUCUCUCUCCUUCACCACCAUGCAGGAACAGACUUUUGGUGAUGAGGAGGAAGAACAAAUAAUACAAGAAAAUAAAAAUGAGGUAGAAGAAAAGUAAGAACCAAGAUUGACACGAAGGAUUUGAAAUUGUUCCUUUUUUAAGAAAGUGUUUUAGCUUCAAGACUAGAUAUUCCACUGGAAAGGGAAAAUGAGUGUAAGUUUACUACAUAUAAAGCUAAGAUGUGAAUUUACAGGAAGAACCUUGAUCUGAAAGUAGUUACCUGUAAAUGGCAGAUCCUAUAGAAAAUAAGAGGAAGGUAAGGGCUCUUUUGCAUAAACUGCUGUUUUGUUUGCAGCACAACUGAUUGAUCUUGGAAAUUCUUUAAGUACUUUUAAUAACAAAUGAAUUUAUCAUUUCUUGCCAGAAUUUGCUGCCAUGAAAUGACUGGGAUAAUUCUGUUGCAAGAACAUUAAACAUUUAGUAUGACUCCUUUUUACUGUAUUCUUGCAGUUAAUAACUGCAGCUAUUAUGUUAAUAACAAGUUGUUUGUAUUUUAUUUUUGUUUAUACCAGUCUUAAAACAAAGAUGCAGGUUCUGAAUAAAAAAUAAUUGAAUCCAUGCAAUUGAUGUGUACUGGGAUUUGGGACUAAAACGUAGUUUUAUAGGUACUUGGGGUAUGAUGUAUUUCUUAUGUUUCCUUGUUCAUAUGUGUAUUCAUUACUUAAUUCAAAGAUUUCCUAAUGAUCUUUUUAAGAAAAACAUUGUAUCAUUUUGAGAAUUACCCUUUCAAUUUUUUGUGUGUUUAUGUUUUUCUAUUCUUGUUCCAACCCUAGAGAUAAUGUCAAUGUGGGAUCCCUAGGGUCCAAGGCCUCAGCCCCAACUUUGCAAAAAGUUCUUUUUAUCAAUUUGCCUAGAGAUAAUGGGUGCCAUUAUCACAAGCAAGUCAAGAUGCUCCUGGCUUCUAGCCUGAGGCUAUACCGUCUCCACCCUAAUAAAAUUCUGGAAACAUCCUGUCAGCUUCCUGGAAAGCAUCCUUGUCUCCUUAAUACUUCAGUUGCAUACUACCUCUUAAAAGAGAUUGCUUUCCAAAUUGUUUGAUCUCAUCUGUUUUGUGUUGUGAUUGCAUUUUCAAAGAGUGAUGUUUUCAGGAGUAUGUUGUUUUUUGAAACCUAUAGCUCCUAUGCACUGACGUAGUUUAUAGAUGUUAUUUGGAGAAAAUGUAGGAAUAACUCAAUUUAUGCUGCUGUCCUAGAAAGGAAAUUACAUAAUGAGUCUAGAUUGUCUUUAGAGUUAAGAAACACAUUCGAAUUCCUGUAAGUUAGCAAUUCCAGUGAGUAAAUUUUCAUAUACCGAAGGGGAUUUUUUUUUUAAUGACCUAAGGAUAUUUAUUUUUUAUCCUGAGGAAAAACUUUGUUCUGCUCUAUAUGAAUAGUAGAGAUCCUUUGUACUAUAAGUGAUUCUGCCAAAAAUUCUGAGACUUAUCCAUAAUUAUGCCAUUAGGAGCAAAAUCUUAGGGCGGGCCUAGUUUACCACUUAGAAAUAGUUAACUAAAUUCCAAGGAAAAAAGUCUUGUGUUGUAACUGACUAUUAUUUCUUAAAUAAUAAUACUGAGAGUAUAUGUUCUUUUUAAAUUAGUUUGUCAACUCCCUUUUUCCUUGGCUUUUGAAGAAGUAAUUAUGGAAAAACUUUGCAAUCUUUCUUUUAAUCUAUAACCUUACACAGGAAGAAUUAGAGUUCAAUAAUUUUUAAUUCUUUUAUUAUAUAUUUCUUUAUUACACCAGUUUGAGAAAAAUAUCUUCAUAAUAUUAUAUCAGUUUUAUUCAGUGCUCACUGAGGUGAUACUUUUUAAUUUUGAAAGACUAAUUUUAAUCAGGACUUCCUAAUCUUCCAGUCUGAUCUGUUCUAUUCACUAGUUGUUACUUAGCUCCAUGAACAUUCUACUUGUUGAAAUCAUGAUACGAGGAUCUUGGAACUUUAAUUGAAUGUUCUUUUGUUGUGUAGUUUUCAAAAUUUCUUUCAUCUUUAAAAAUAUUUCCAAGAUAAAAUAUUAUCUUCUGUGAAAAUUCCUAUUGUUCUCUUAUAAUAAUCUAAAAGUCAGUGUUUCUCUGUUUUUUCAUCAGGCACUUACAUUAGAAUUAAUUGGAGGUCCUAUUUUCUUAAGUGCACAUUUGGGGCUAUAUUCUCAGUCAUUCUUAGUGAGUCAUUUUGGAAUGAGACCUGAUACUUAUGUUCAGUGAAAUCUAAGAACCUCUGUCUAGGACUUUAUUCUUCUUCUUAUGAAUACCUUAGGAAAUAAAACAAAGAUCCAAUGUAAUAUAAGUGGGUAUUCUUGUUUGUUACUUUUCUAAGAAUAUUUCACUUUGUCUUACCAGGCUUUUGACUAGUUUUAAUAGCUGCCAUCCUAUAUCCAAAAGAAGCCCUCUGGGAAAAAUAUUUUGUGGAGAAACCUUGUAAUUGUGCUUUCCAGAUUUUACAGUGGUAUUUUGACUGUAUAAUUCUUGUUAGGAGUAAUAUCCUAACAGCUUUUAAUAUGAACAUUUCCAUAGUUUGUUUUAAAUGUAGUAUUAACAUAAGAAUGCAUGAAAAACGCUAUUUAUUUGGGUCACUCUUGAGCACAGGAUUUUUAUGCUUUGCCUACAGUUAGAAAAGUCAUGGCAAUAAAGAUCUGGUGACAGUUACUGUAUUUUAAAUCCCUUUUUUCCAGCUUUCAUUAAAACUGCUUAUCUUCUCUAGGGCCAGACUCUUGCUGGUCUUUGAUUUACAGUCCUCUGCUUAUUUUUACAGGUUGUCUGUAUUAUCUGACUUCUUAAGUCCUCAUUAAAACUAAUUGUACUUAACGGUGUCUAAUGAAAUAAUCAGGAACUGAUGCAUUGACUCAAGUUUGAUUUCUGAAGUUACUGAAGACGGGCAAGUUGGGAGAAACACAUUUAAGGCAAAUUACUAAGGAAAUUUAAGAAUAUGGAUUUAAGCCCACAUCCAUCAUGGAAAAGCUGUGGGUGCAGCUGACCUAAUAAUGUCAUGGGGAGUUUUUCCAGCAAAACCCAAAUUCUCUGGAUUCCUAAAUAAUGUUUGCAAUUUCUGGCUUCUCAGAAGUAGUUAAAAAGGAAAUAAAACUUUUGAGUCUGCAAAACAAGAUGUGGUUAUAAAUAUUUAGUUAGUAAAAUAGGUCAAAAAGUUAAAAACUCAAUUUUUAACUAAAUAAAUAGUAAUAUUCUGAUUCAUAUAAUAAAAGUGGUAAAGCUUUUAAUAUUAAAGCAUAUAAAGAAUCAAAUUCCAAUACAUUUCACAAAAUUAUAAAUCAAUGGAGUGUUAACUAGAAGGGACCCUAGAGGGCGUUUCAUUCUGGUGACUGACUUUUACUUAUAUACCAUCAAUAAUGUAAAAUAUGAACUAUUUUGAUAAAUUAUUAUAAAUCAUGUAGGAAGAAAAGUUCAACUGAUUUGGUUUAAUCCUAGUAUAUUGUUUCUAUACCCAAACAAAACAAGGAAACAAGAACUAAUUACUGUCAGACUAUGAUAUAGCUCAGCUCACUUGUUUGAACUGAAGUGGGUAUCAUGCCUGAAUGACAACCAGACAAAGCAUAAAGAUUGAUUUAUACUUCCAAUUCUAUUUAUAAGAACAUAUCUAUGCAAUUCACACUUAUAUUAGAAAAUCAAGCUACAAAUGUUUUAGAAAAUAAAAUAUGGAAAAAAUGCCCUUAGUACAGUAACAAUUCAUUUACCUGUCAUCAUUCACAGGUAACUAAGUUGCAGGAGUUAAUUUUUCAGGUAACCAAGGCGAAUCCAUUUAAUCAUUAAAUUUUUUUAACAGUUUAGUGGGAAAUUUGUUAAAAUGUGCUUCCUGCUUCUCCACUUUUUCUAGAGUAUUUAGGAUAUAAUUUUAACUUUUUCUUUGUCAUCUUUAAGAACAUCAGUUCCUGUCAUGGGGUGAUAAACAGAAAUUCGCCUUCAAGGCCUACUGAGAUCUAGACUGCCCCUUCCCUACGUGACCCUGCACUGCUAUGCUUUUUGAGUUAAUCUGUCUUUCACAGUUUCUCUAUCUUCCCUUAUAAUCAGCUGUCACUUUUUGCUGCUGUCUUGUGUGCCUGCCUCCUGCACUAGGCCUCUAAUUCGCUGCUUCUAAUCUGCUGAGGACUGAGAAACCAGAUUGCCAAGCUUGCUAGAAUUGUGUCUAAAAUAAAGAGUAAGUAGACUGAAGAAGGCUAAGGGGCUUUUCUGUCUGUAAAGUGCAUGGACCUUGUGGUACCUGUCUGGCUGCUCAGCAUACUUUCGUUUCCACUUAGUUCUCUACUAAGAACUUGCUGAAAAUACUUGGUUGACUAUUGUGAUUGCCAUACAUUUGAAGUAUUAAUUCAGCUUUUAUAUGUUGAUGUUUCUGUGUCUCUCCAUUAAUGAAUUUAGCUGUAAAAGAAAAUUUGACUGUCAUCUUUGUGUAAAUCAUUGUGUAUAUUUUAGGAAAAUGUUAGAUAUUUUGGUUUUGUUCAUUUUUCCUUGUAUAGUACACAGACUUAAGAUUUACAGCACUAUAAUGUGAUUUCAACUCUGUUCACCAAGAUUUAUAUUCUAGAACUAUUGGUUUGAGACUAAACAUGCAUGGCUAAUUUAGUAAGAACUUGCUAGCUGAGUGUUUGGAGAAUGAGUCAUUCUAGAUAUCCCAGUUUUCUGUAGAGCUUAAACCUCUUUAAGCAUUAAAAUUUUUUAGAAGAAUUUCUGAAGGAAAUCUUUUUAAAACUUAGUAUGCAUUCCUAAACAAUAUAUGAAAGACAUUUUAAUCUUUUUCAAUGUCAAAAUCAUUAUUAGCAUUAGUUGUUAUACUGUGAUAGACUUACACCCUGAGAACUAUAUACCCCUUUACCUGAAUGGCUCCAUUCUCUGCCCUGUGUUUUUCAGUUUCUUGUUUUCUAAUAGUUCUGAUUCCUCCAAUUUAUUUUACUGCUUGCUUAAGUGUGCCUGUAGCACUAGCCUUUCUCCACCUUCAUAAUACUCUUAGUCAGCUUUGGUUUUGGAACCCAGAUGACCAAGACAGCUAGAGUAAUGUAUAAAGUAAGAGUACGUUGACUCUGAAGACCUGAAGUAGUGGAUGAGACUUCAGUGCGUGGAUUUUGUGACAUCUCUUGCUACUGUUUCAUUGCUAUCUUUAAAAAAAGUGGUUACUAGAUUAGAUAUCUGCUCUCAAAAGAGCUAUUAUUGUACAAAAAGAACCAUUUUGUUUCUAUACUUUACCUUCUCUAUAUUUCUGCCCUCUAAUUUUUUGGCUCUGAUUAAAAUCAGUCCAUUUGAAUUAGAAUUUUCUAUAGUACUUUCUAUUUGAAUUGGAUACCACAUGCUGCUAAAAGUUUCUUUGGCUAGAUUGUUUUUUUCAUGUUUCGGUUUUAGUUAUUUUACAGAAAUGUAUCUUCAUUUCCAAAACAUGAAGUAGGCUGAGCCCUGGAAAGUAAGAAACUUUCGUUAUUGAUAUCACAGAGAAUUGAGAAGUAAUAAGGUUUUUAGACUGUAGGCAGUUAUACCAUGAAGAAUUUAUUCUUUGGUCAUGCAGCUCUUUAAGACAAUAUCUUUACUUUUUUGUUCAAUUAAAUGUAUGUUAAAAGCUUGCCAAAAGUUAUCAGUGUUGGAUCAGUGACAGAUAUUUGAAUGACUAAAUUCCCACUGUCAUUCUAUAUUUUGCAUGUUUAAAUUAUUUAAUAUGUCAAAUAAGCAUGAUGGUUUUUCUCUCUUGAAUGAAAAAUAAACAUGAAAUUUGCAUGUUAUAAUGUUUGCAAGUAAAAUUCAAAUCUGUCUAGAAAGAGCAUUGAACAACUUAGUUUUACCAACAGGCUGACUGUGUUUUAGUGACCAUUGUUGAGUCAUCCUUCCAUCAGAUGCAGGGUAAUUGGAAAAUCAGUCUGCUUGUUUCAUGGCUGUGCCUCAUAGUCAGUUUUCAGUUAUUUGUGCUACUGGAAGGGAAUUAUGAUACAACAUUCAUUAAAAAAAUAGAUGAUCCAAACCAAUUUCUGGAGUUGAGCCUGCCUUUACAGAGUAGAUAGUCAUGAUGCUGAACUUGGGUUGGUGGUACAAGGAGAAAAAUUCUCUUUGAGUGUAGCUGUGAGAGGAAAGUGAUUCUACUCAGUGUAAUUGCUAUAAACCAAAAAGAGGAUGAAUUGAUUCCAGGAUUCACAUAUACAAAAGUUUAACAUGAAUAAGGAGUUGAUGUGGUGGAUAUCCUAAAAUGUAUGGUAAAUUAAAAUGCAUGUAGUAUUUUAAAUGUUAUACAUUUUAAUAUAUUUUAACCUGUCAGCAGUUAAAUUAGUUUGUUUCAUCCCUAUUUACUGAAUUUCAUUUGGCAUAUAUUGAAGAUACUAUUGCAAUAGAGCAGUGUGUGUCUACUUCUGACCAUGCUGUUUUUAAAAUGAAUGUAUUCUAUGAGAUAUUGUUGUAGAAAUAUGUAUUUCCUCUCAUAUUUAUAUCCUAAGAGUUUCUCAAAAUAAGGGAUUAUUUUACUAUUUUGGACUUGACGUUUUUCACUUUUGUAGCAUUUCCUAAAGCUUGGCUUCCUACAAAUGAGUUUAUCAUUGAACAUUUUUUCUAAAACUAAAACAUGUCUUUUACAAGUUUAUUCUUUUAUAAUAUCCUAAGAAAUUGCAUGUUAUUUUUCCCCUCCCAAGUAAAUUCUUACAUUAAGUCCAUUUCUAAAUAAUAGUGUUUUCUGCACUUUUAUUGUACCAACCUGUACCUUCUGUUCAUGACUUAAACAAUGCUUACUCAGCCACAGUACUAGCAUCUGGCAACGUACAGAAAGCUCCAGAAAUGUAACUCCUAUCCCUUAAAGAUUGGCGUGUGGUCCUGGUACAGCCCUGGAGGUCCAUAUGAGUGAAAGCCCAGAAGUCUACCUGAGCUGAAAGCACUCCCAAGGAAUUUGGUUUUGUUUGGGUUUGUUCUAGGUAUGGUCCCAGGGAUCCCAGAUCAAACCAGGCCCCUGGGCCUAUCCUAGAACCAACCUAAACUCGCGCAUCAUUCCUGGAACGUCAAGAAUGUGAAGACUGAAGAUAACCUGAGGCUGGCUAGACAUCCUGUGUUCACCAAGACUCACUUUUUUUUUGUAUGUGUGCCUACAAUUUAGCAAGAACUGGUUGGUUAAUCCUUCUAAAAUUAGAGGGAUGACAGUGGAUAACAAGGUAAAGUCUUAUCAGGCUUUGACAUUAUAGUAAUUUAUCACAAUAGAAUGUGAUAUUUAAUAUGUUUAUUAUUAACUGCCAGUGAGGAAAAUUGUUCUUAUAACUUUUAUUAUCAGAUUUCUAUUUUUGGGUUAAACAACUUAGCCACAAAAAAAAUUCUCCCCCAAAUGAAUGAUUUCUGGCUUCAUUUUUCUCAGAGACUUUCUACUCAACAAUAUUCUAUCAGUCUCAUUUAACUAAUUGUUCAUAGUUUCUGAAAGUCCUUGGUCUUUGCCCUCAGGCUCCACUGCUAAGUAAUUUUCAGUUCUUGUUUCUGGAGGCUUAAUGGCUUUUUCUUUUAAUCCAUUAUUGAAUCCACCACAUUACUUUGAGGUCACUUUUUGAGGUUCAGAUCUGGAAAGAACCUUAGCGUCAUUUGUAGACACAUCUUAGCAUUGUUUGUAGUUCUUGUUAGACUCAGUGUAGGCUGCAUUUCAGAAUCUGCUGUGGUUGAUGAAAACAAGCAAGGAUGAUGGAGUGGAAAUAGGUUAAUAACUCACAUUUUACAAAAGUAUUUUGCAAAAUAAGGUUUUUCGUAAGUUUCUUUAUUUUCAUUCCCUGCUGCUCUGUAUUUUUAAAAUAUUCUGACCUAGUUUAUUCAUCAGAUGGUCUGACAUCGUAAUUGUGACAUUGCUGUAGUCACAUACAUGUUUUUACUUAAUUUGGAGGGCAGGAUUUCUGAAAAGACAUGAAAAGACCCAAAUCCAAAGGCUAUGAUACACCAUGAAAAUGUAUAAUUUUGGUAAUACUGGCAUUUCAAUGGGUUUAGACCAUAUUUGAAAUCACUGCAGAUUAAUCAGGGACUCCACAUGUGAAAGGAGCCCAAAACUGUGCUGUUCCUCCAAGCCUUGUCACACUAGAAAAAGUGGGUCAAUGGGUGAUCCUUUAAAAUAGGACUGUGAGACUAUUGAGGCUCAUUCAGAAGAACUCAACCCUGGGAUUAGAUCUUUACUACAUUCAUUAUACAGAUGCUUCAUCCCAUGGAUUCUCUUAUUUUUGCCUUUUAAAUAUUACUAUGUUUUCCUUCUUUCAAUGUUUUCCUUUUUGCACAGUGUUUUCCUGUUUGUGUAAAUCAAAACACUACCUGUUACUACGUGUAUAUGAUAUUUCUUUUGAUAAAACAUUAGGCUGUGAUUCUAGUGACCUUUGGAUUUUGAUUCCUUUUAAAGCCAAAUUAUUUCAAUGCUUUUAUUGUCUUAGAAAUUCACUCUUAAUUUAUGCCUCAAUUAUUCUCAUUCAUUUUUCUCUAAUGAACUAUAUAUAAUUAAAGGGGUGAGCCUUAUACUCACUUUCUUCCAGAAUUUGACAUUUUAUAUUCACCCAAAUGUGAAAAUGUUCUAACAUCAGCAAUCAUGUGUCAGUGAACUGAUCUGUGAGCAUAGUUAACUGUAUUUCCUGACAUAGCCUGGAACUCUGAACCCAUCUUAUGUCUGUGUACAAUAAGUGGUCUCAGUAUUGGGGGCCUUUGCGCUCUUUUUUAACCUUGUUAAAUAUGAACACUGAAAAUAGGAAUUUGUGAACAUCUUACAGAGUUCAGGCUUGUUUACAUAGAAGGUUUGUAAAGUCUGCCUUCACUUCAGAUACUUUUGGAGCAUUAAGCUGUAUUUUUUUAAAUAUCAUUUGAGAACAUCCAGAGAUAUUUUAAUUUUUACUUUUUGACUACUUAUGUUUUAUAUAGUAGACCUGCACAUUUCCUACCCUUCCUGAAGACUUGAGAUUAUAACCUUUCUUAACACAGUACUUUCUUUGAGAACUUUAUGUAUUUUAUCAUAUUGAAUUUUUGUCAGCUGUUUUAAAGGAUUUUACAAGCACUCAACAGUAGGUUUGCAUAUGCCUGUAUUAUUGUUGUUCCUCCCAAGCUUAAGCAGUCUCUAAUAAAAUCUGUACUUCUUUCUA